UGCGAGUUUUGCGGCAAAGUUUUCAAGAACUGCAGCAACCUCACUGUCCACCGACGCUCGCACACCGGGGAAAAACCCUACAAGUGCAGGUUGUGUCCGUACGCCUGUGCACAGUCCAGCAAACUGACCAGGCACAUGAAGACGCACAGACGAGCAGGUAAGGACACCUUGCAGUGUCGGUACUGUGCCAUGCCCUUCUCCCUGGCCACCACUCUCGAGAAGCACGUGAGG